AUGGUCCCCCCGCUCCAGCCCCGCAGGUGCCGGGAUGACGGGAAGUUAACAACAGGUGGAACAAACCAACGACAACACAACACAGCAACACCAACCCCAGGCUACUCGGCUGCAAAAUCUGCUGUGUAUGGAUCUACAACAUCGUCAAGCCCCACAAAUUCAGCACACACAACGGUGUCCGCUGGGAGCAUCCAAACGAUAGAAACAGACAUAACCAAAUCAGCAAAUGGUUCAGCAGAGGCAUCCAGGACCACUGAAGACUCUCAGACGACAGUCCUUGGAAAGGGGACCACAACUGAACUAGGAAACACAAGUUCAACACCCACACCAGAGACCACCAGAAACUUCCAGAGUACAGACCCAGAUGAAGGAUCAACACCUAACCAAAGCACCCCAAGAUCAACAGCCACAUCAAAGACGGUAGAAACCUCUUCAAAACCGGUCCUACCAACCCAUACAACUCCAAAUGCUGAAAUUUCUGAGUCAACUGUGCUCACUACAGAAGCUGAAACCUUCCAAGGAAGCUCAAUUUCAAGAGAUACAGCUGUACCUUCUGAGACCCCCCACGCCACAGGCUUGACUAAGGAAUCUACAGCAUUCCCAAGCAGCCCAAAUUCAAAACAUUCAACCCAAGUUACUGAGUUCUCCCAAACAGCAGUCUUCACUCAGGAGUCCACAGCCUUCCCCAGCAGCUCAAUUUCCAGAGAAACUGCUGUACCUGCUGACACCUCCUAUAUCCCAGCUCUGACUGAGGAGUCUACAACCUCCCCAAGUAGCCUUAGUUCAACACAAGCAACUCAUGGAACUGAGAAAUCUCCAACAGUCUUCACUCAGGGAUCUACACUCUUCACACCCCCCUCAACUUCAUCAGAAACAUCUGUACCCCCUGAGAGCCACCACACUACAGUUUCAACUGAGUCACCCUCAGCCUCCCAAAGCAGCCCAGUUGUGACAGAAGCCACUCAAUCUCCUGAGUCUUCUCUAACAACAGUCAUCACCGAGGAAUCUACAACCUUCCCAGCCAGCUCAGUUUCAUCAGAAACUGCUGUACUUCCUGAUGUCACCCACACUUCUUUCCUGACUGAGGCAUCUACAGCCUCCCAAAGCAGCCCAGUCAUAACACAAGGAAUAACCAAGACCACAAAAACAAUCUUCACUCACGAAUCUACUGCCUUUCAAAGCAUCCCAAUCUCAACACAUGCAACUCAGGCAACAGAAACCUCACAAACAAUAUUUACACAGGAGUCUACAACCUUCCCAAGCAGCUCAGGAUCCACAGAAACUGCUGUCCCUCCUGACACAGUACCCACUACAGGACAGACUGAAGCAAACCCAACCUCCCAGAGCGGCUUGAUUUCAACACAAGCAACUCAAGCAACAGAGACAUCCCAAAAAACAGCCUUCACUCAGGAAUCUACACCCUUCCCAAGAAGCUCAAUUUCCUCCCAAGCUGCUGUCCCUCCUGAGAUCAUCGACACCACAUCCCAAUCUGAGGCAUCUACAACUUCCCCAGGCAGCCUGAUUACCACACAAGAUACUCAAGGUACUGAGACAUCCCCAGUAGUCUUCACUCAGAAAUCUACAGCCAUUGCAUCCAGCUCAGUUUCCCCAGAAACAUCUGUCCCUCCUGAGGUCUCGCACACCUCAGCCCUGACUGAGGCAUCUACAUCAUCAUCAGGCAGCCUGCUUUCCACACAUGCAACUCAACCAACUGAAAUCUCCAAAACAGCCACCACCCAGGAAUCUACAACUUUCCCCAGCAGCUCGGUGUCCCCUGAAACAGUUGUUCCUCCUGACACCUCACUCUCCACAGCCCUGACUGAGGCAUCUACAACCUCUCCAAGGAGCCCAGUUUUGAAACCUGUAACUCAAGCAACUGAGACCUCCCAAACAACAGUCUUCACUGAGGAAUCUACAGGCUUCCUGAGCAGCUCGGUUUCCACAGGAACAGCUGUACCUCCUGAGAUCACCCACACCUCAGCCCUGACUGAGUCUUUUACAAUCUCCCCAAAAAGCCCAAUGUCCACAGAUUCAUCUCAACCAUCUCAUACCUUACAAACAACUGUCUUCACUCAGGAACUUACAACCUCUCCAAGCAGCUCAGUUUCCCCAGAAACAGCCCUACCUCCUGAGACAUUCUUCACCUCAGCCCUGACUGAAGCGUCUACAACCUCCCCAAGCCACCCAAUUUCAACAGAUGGAGCUCAGACCACUGAGACCUCCCCAAUGACAACCUUCACCCAGGAGUCUACAACCUUCCCAGGCAGCUCAAUGUCCACAGAAACUGUUGCAUCUCCUGUGACCUCCUCUAGCUCUUCCCUGACUGAGACACCAACAACUUCCCAAAGCAACCCAUUUUCAACACAUGCAACUCAACCCACUGAGUUAUCAGUAAUAACAAAACUCACCCAGGAAUCCAGGACUUCCCCAAGCAGCUCAGUUUCAACCCAUGCAACGAAAACAACAAAAACAUUGAAAACAUUGUUUACUAAGGAGUCUACAACCUUUCCAAGCAGCUCAAGUUCCACAGAAACUACUGUACCUCCUGAGAACACCCACACUAAUGAAGAAUCUACAGCCUCAAUAAGCAGCGUCAUCUCCACACAUGCAACUCAACCAACUGAUACCUCCCAUACAACAGUCUUGUCUGAGGAAUCUAUAACCUUACCAACUAGCUCAAUUUCCACAGAAUCUGUUGUACCACCUGAUGCCAAUCACACCUCCGCCCGAACUGAGGCAUCAACAACUUCCCCAAGCAACCCGAUUUUGACAAAUGCAACUCAACCAACUGAGACAUCACCAAUAACAAUCUUCACCCAGGAAAUUACAACUUCCACAACCAGUUCAAUUUCUGAAGAAACAGCUCUAACUCCUGAGACCUCAACAAUGAUUGAAGAUUCUACAAUUUUCCCAAGUAGCCCAAUUUCUACACAAGCAAAUCAAGCAACUGAGACAAUCCAAACAACAGCCUUCACUCAGGAUUCAACAAUCAUCACAUCCCCCUCAAUCACAACAGAAAGUGUUGUACGAACUGAGAGCUCCCAUACCACAAACAAAAUUGAGGCAUCUACAAACUCCCCGAGCAGCCCAAUUCCAGCACAUGGAUCUCAACCUACAGAAUCAUUCCCAAUAACGAUAACUCCAGAAACCACAACCUUCUCUAGCAGCCCAAUGUUGACAGAAACCACUGGGCCUCCUCAGAUCACUCACACCACAGUCCACACUGAGGCAUCUACAAAACAGCUGGACCUCCUGAUGUCACUCACACCUCAGCCCUGA